AUGAUCUUCCUGUCAUACCAAACCCUUCAUAAUUGUUUUACAAGUCUUUUUUCCUCAAUGUUUCUUAAAAACAUCUUUUUCUCCCUUAUAGUUCCUUUAAAAUCAAUAAUCAAUCCUAAAAAAGUCUAUUCUCAAUUACUAUUUGAACCACAUAAAUUAGAGAUCAUCUUCAACAAUAUAUUAUUUUACUAAGCAUUCUCUCAAUAAUUUAUUAAUUAACGAUUCAAAUUUUCAAAUCCAAAAAUAAACCACACUUAUUACAAUAUUACAAUCAAAAAAGUAUUUCAUUAUUUUAAUUAUUGAUAAAUCUAAAUCAUCAAGAGUAAAUAGAAUAUCUCAAUUCUCAAAAAAGUACAUUAAAUAACUAUUUUAAUAAUUAGGACUAAAAAACAAUUCUCAUUAAAAGUUAAAUUGAUAAUGUUUAAUUCAAUUAACAUAUAUUAAGGAUUUAGCAGAAAGAUUUAUCAAAAAAUAAAUAAGUUAGAAUUUAAGUUUAUGAUAAUGUCUAAUAUAAUUAUUAUUGUUCAAACAAAAGAUGGCUAAAUAGGUGAUUUAAUUAUGACUGACUAAAGAGUCUUAAAAAACUUAGUUAAAAAGGUUAGGGAUAAUUUUGGGGCAAAACACUCUAUACAAAAAAACAACUUAUUAAUUCUUUAUCAUAUUAUUAGAAUAAUAAAAAUAAAAACUUGUAUGAAUGAAAAAAAAUAAUUUGUAGAAAUAGUUUGGAAAGUUAAGGCUGUUAAUUUAAUUGGUAUAUUAAAAGGAAUAAAUUAUUAGUAUUUAAUAAAUAAAAAUAAUUGUUAUUUUAUGUUCCAAUUUUGA